AUGGCUGCCAAAACGGACCUCGGUACCUACAAGCUGAAUCAUACUAUGAUUCGGGUGAAGGACCCCAAGAAGUCUCUCGAGUUCUACGAGUUCAUCGGCAUGAAGGUGAUCCAGAAGCUGCCCAACCCCGACGCAAAGUUCGACCUGUACUUCCUCGCCUACGACUCCCCCAAGGCCGUCUCCCACGGCAACAACGUCUGGGAUCGGGAGGGCAUUGUCGAGCUGACGCACAACUACGGCACCGAGGACGACCCCAACUACAAGGUCAACAACGGCAACGUCGAACCUCACCGGGGCUUUGGCCACACCUGCAUCGUCGUCGACAACCUGCAGGCUGCCUGCCAGAGGCUCGAGGACGCCGGGUACAAGUUCCAGAAGAAGCUCAGCGACGGGAGGAUGCGCUAUGUCGCCUUCGUCCUGGACCCCGACGGGUACUGGGUCGAGGUCAUUGGCGAGAAGCCCCUGGAGGAGACCGAGAACAUCAAGGAGACUGAUGUGUCCACCUACCGCAUGAACCACACCAUGCUCCGCAUCAAGGACCCUGAGAGAUCGCUGAAGUUCUACCAGGAGACUAUGGGCAUGAAGCUCAUCAGGGAGCACAACGCCAAAGAGGCGGGCUUUUCGCUGUACUUCCUGGCCUACCCCGGCUCUCAAGGGAUUCCCGAUGCCAACGCCAGUGAGGAGGAGCGACGCAACCAGCAGCUCAAGCGCGAGGGUCUGCUCGAGCUGACAUGGAACCACGGCACGGAGACGGACGAGAAGUUUAGCUACCACAACGGCAACAACGAGCCCCAAGGAUUCGGGCACAUUUGCGUGACGGUUGACAACAUUGAGGCUGCGUGCCAGCGGUUCGAGGAGCAGGGCGUCAGCUGGAAGAAGAGACUGACCGAUGGGCGGAUGAAGAACAUUGCCUUUGUGCUGGAUCCUGAUGGAUACUGGAUCGAGAUUGUCCAGAACGAGCGGCUCUCGGGCAAGGCCAACUUUUAG